UAUCACGCGACUUUUACGUCAUCAACACGAGGCGCACUACCACAAGGAAGCGACAGCAAUAAUGCUUUUCUACUCGUUUUUCAAGUCGCUGGUGGGGAAGGAUGUUGUGGUGGAGCUCAAAAACGACUUGUGCAUCUGUGGAACACUUCAUUCUGUUGACCAGUACCUGAACAUUAAGCUCACAGACAUCAGCGUCACGGAUCCAGAGAAGUAUCCACACAUGCUGUCUGUGAAAAACUGUUUCAUCCGUGGAUCUGUGGUCCGGUAUGUUCAGCUACCCGCAGAUGAAGUGGACACUCAGCUCCUGCAAGACGCUGCACGAAAAGAAGCAAUGCAGCAGAAGCAGUGAUUGACCUGCAGGAUGGGGUUUAGU